AAAGACCUGGUGGGCAAAAUGUUAAGUCGGUAUUUAGUUGAAUGAACGAAUUCCUCAUUUACCUCGCGCUUAGUCAUAAAUGAAAUGACAGAUUCAUCAUCCUCCUUAAAAAAUGGGAGCAAAAAAGGACGCUACAAGUUGUAAACGAAAUCAGCCAGAUGUAUGAAUUUAAAUGUUAAAAAAGUCCUGAAAACGUCAGGUGCCGACUCACCAGCGAAUAAUAUGAAGAAAAUAACAUAAUCAUAAUAAUAAUAUUCCUUUCUCAUGCAUUGUUGCGGCGUUCCACUUGAAUUCCGUCUUGUGAAAUUGACUCACAUUUUCGUCGAACCUCGUCUACUCUGCUGCUGACUGGAUUGACACUUUACAACGACGUCUCAUCUCCUGACAUGGUCGACAGGACACGGAUAAAGUUAUUUCUCUCAACUUGUGCACAUCGUGAAAUCAGUCGCCUUUAGAAUACCAUAGAAUUAGUAAUCAUCACAUUAUUAGAGGACAACUAUUCAUAGUUUUUUCGUACAGCCAUCCGAAUGAAUUGACAAUAUUUUAAACACACACUCGCCUUGUUUGUUUGAUUGGAGUGAACUUUUGGCACACAAGUGCCACUCGUAAUCGGAUAGGAUGGUGCAAUUGACCACGAAUAAUUCAAGUGGUGGUGGUGGUGAUAACACAGAACGCAGGAUUAACACCAACCACAAUAACCACGAUGUCAAUGCUAAUAACAGCAGCAGGUCUACUACCAAGUCUACGAGGAAUACUAUAAGCCAUGAAAAUACCAUUUUCAAACCGCAAGCGAAACAAGGAGCAUCAAUUAAAUGGCUGGUUUCAUGGGCCUACAACCACAAAACCCCUGAAGACCUUGCAGAACCAUUUUACAAAGAUAAUGCGGGGGAGGACCAUUUAAAGCCGUACGUGGUUCAAGGUCUGUCUGAUGCUGAGUUGUACUGUUUGGCGUUAUGCAACAUAUAUGCGGAUCCGAACUAUAGCCAACUAAGUCCCUGGGGAAUAGUCCAAGCGUUGGCCAGGAAGGGAGUGUACUGCCAACAAUUGCCCAGCGACGUUCAGCUCACAGAGACAGUUCUCAUUCAGAACACACCUCUUAAAAUUAGUGCCCAUAUGAUCAUCAUUGAAGCGAUGAUGGUUUUACAAGUAAAAGAGAUUAUUUCCAACGAUAGGAUUGUGAACACUGUGCAAAGAUAUGGUCCAGCAGUACACCCACAAGGGGUUUGGUUGGGUGCAGGGGAAAUGCCGUCUGACACGGAAGAGGCUCUCUUGCUUUGGAUCAACCGUGCUGUCCUCGCCAUCAAGGAGUACAUUCAGAAUAACAAUGCUCAUGAGCACAACCUGUCAUCUAUCCAAGUAGAAAGCUGGCAACAGUUACCUCUAUUCCAAGAUCUCAGCGAUUUAGCUGACGGAGUUGGACUCUGCUCCCUAUUUGCUUUCUACUGUCAAACCGAACUGAGAUUAUCGGAAAUUGCCAUUCCUCUUCCGGGAGAAACCUUAAGUGUCCCUGACUCCUUGUGGAAUCUCCAAUUAGUCCAACGGGUGUGCAAAGACUCUUUACCAUACAACGCUUGCCAUUUCGCCCUCGAGGAUAUCCUCUACCUCCACGAAUCCAUGAAACAAAACAUGUUAAACUUCCUAGCUGACAUUUUCAGUCAGUUAGAACUUCGGCCGUCAUCCAGCGUCAAAUUACUGGGGUCUCAUCACAUUUCUAUCAGACCAGGGUUGACAUCAGACGGCGUUCGGCUUCGAAGGGGUUAUCUUCAUCAACAGGCUCCAACUGUUAUUCCAGAUCUAAGACCAUCUCUUUAUAAAUAUGAGCCAUCAACUUCAACUGCUUUUUCAGACCGGAAAGGAAUGAACUCGCGUCCACAAUCUGCUACGUCAACUCCACAAAGAAGACAGAAUUCCAAUAGUGAUAGACAGGAUAGGAAUCGAAAAUCUACAACACUAAAUAUAUUUGGUGACACUCAGACUCAGAGCAGUGGUAAAAAAUCCCCAUCAAACUCGUCUGUCGUUUCUGUGCCUAUAAGAAGAACUCCUCAAGAGUACAAUGAAAAAGCUCAGUCUGACAGAUCAAAUAACAAGGAGCAAAGAUAUUAUGCUCACUCCAGGUCUAGUGAUGACUCUGAAGAUUUUGUAGUUCACCGACACAGGAACGUUCCAACACUGUCGCAAGUAAUUCGUUCCGUCUCCCCGUCAUCUCAAGACGAACGUAGUAGUCCGGCAAGUCGUAUGUCAGUGUCUCGAAGCAUUUCUGCAAACGACGAACCGGAAGUUCCUGGCGCUGGUAGACCCAGUAACUGGAAUGCGAACAAAACAACCUACGCUGGCAGAAGAUCACGAAGAAAUUCCAUUACCGAAGCUGACUCUCAAUUAACCGUAGAGAAUUUUGGUGGUUCGCAGGAUAAUUUGAACAAAAUUGCAAUUACUCGUAAUCCUGACAAGCAACCUGCCAUUGUGACGAGUGAAACAUCAUCUCCUUUUAGACAUGUUAGGCGACAGGCGUCACAAGAACCCUCAGAUUAUUAUGCAAACGAUUCCAUCAAACCUGCAGCAGGCAGUAUGGACCAAGCGUAUCAUGAAAGUCCUUAUAACAGACGUAUUGAUAAAGACGAAGGUUCCCAAAGACUGAAUAAUCCUCCUCCUGGUGGCGACGUUACUUUUUAUGGUAAAAAGAAAUUUAAUCAUUCGACAAUGUAUGACGACAACAACCAGAAUGACUACGACGUGGACCGACGACAUGAACCUCAAGAGCAAGAGAAUCGUCGCUUGAGUCAAUCAGGAAGCCAAGGAAAUGUUACCGUGUAUGUGAUGGGUCAAGAGGGUAUCGCUGGGGAUAGGAGUAGUUUUCAUGAAUCACCUCAGCGGAGUACUAGCAUGUCCAAUCUUUCGCGACUCUCGGAUAUGCAAAAUAAACCCGUCAGCAUAGUAUACCUUGGGAAUAAUCCCCCCGCUUCAGCGACCACAGUCAACGAUGGCCAUUCAUACAAUGUCACUAGCAGUAAUGGGUGGGACAGAUCUCGGACACUGCCUGCCGCCACCGAUUACCACACAAUGUCAUCACCCUCAAGAGAUUCAUACACCUCCUCAAACUCAAAUACUCCCCUUCGGUCUCCGUAUCAUCAGUCGCAGCAGCAAUAUCGACAACCUCCUACUUCCGCACAGUAUAAUACUCUAUACAACAAUCGCCAACAACAACCAUAUGACUCACCCGGGUACAACCAUAAUCAGCACAGCGAGGGCGAAUAUUUACAUGAUGACGACAACGAAACCGAAGAGAUUGCUGCACAAGUUGCUGCAAUCAGGCAAAAGCUGGAAGAACGAAGAAAAAGAAUUGAAGCAGAAAAGUCAAGAUUGGAAGCCGUUGCAUGCAAACAGACGCACAAACUUGGCAAAGCUGCUUACUUGAAGGCCAACCUUAGUAAAGGCAAAGGCCAAGAUGAGGUGAUGGGAUCACAGGGAUCAUCAAAUCUACUGCGUAUUGAUGUCGGGGCAGCAAGGAGGAAACAACUUACACUUCAGGACUUGGAAAGUAAAUGGUUGACAAAAACCGACCCGGAACCAUGUCGCACUCCUGAAAUCGAAAACAUGGAUGUAGAAACCUACCAGCAGUCACUUGCCAGAAUGGACACCAGCUUAGUGGAGCUCGAGUCGGACAUUAGCCGGUUAGCUAUACAACAUGAAAAGAUCCAACGACAAUUUUUCUUGCAUGGUGAUCCGCCGAAUGACUCUGCAAGGAGCAGGAAAAAAGUGCCAAGCGGUCCUUCUAUGCCUCCUUCAUCUGGCAGAUCUCAAUGGGGUGCCCCUAAACCAUUUGACUCCAGUUCAUCGGACGAAUCUACUCCACGUGGUAGUGCCGGUGGAGGAGGAGGAGGUGUUUAUAAUGGAGAUUCUAAUCGAGGAAGACCUACGCCAAGAAGCGGUUCUAAUAGUAUCAACUAUGCCAGUCCAUCCUUUCGAUUACAUUCCAAUUCGGAGACGCAAGGGAACCGACUGUUCUCGAAUACAAGUGAACAAAUCGAGCGAGCCCUAGAAUCGGAGAAGCCAACUCCACCCCCACGACAAUCCAGAAAUGUAUACCAUGCCCCACUACCCACUCCUCCUCCAGACGACGAUAUGGAGCCACAAUCUGUGUCGUUUGUACAAGACGAUGCUGUUCCAAUUUCCAGUGAUACGACAUCUUUGUCCAGUAAAAAGUCAUCCCUUCACCAAAUUACUUCUGGAUCGAAAACGUAUCGUAUCACUCCAGAGAGCGGGUCCCCACCCAGACCUCCUCUGAGACCAGAAAAACUGUUUUCUCGAGGUUCAGAAGCACAAGGAGAACAUUCCAUUACCUCGUCUGAUGAAAAUACAUCAAUGAACGAAAGAGGAUUUUACAUUACGUUCGAUAAUGAAGGACCCAAAAGACCUAAGCCCCCUUUGAGAACAAGAUCCCCUGGAAAACGUAGAGAUGGAAGUUCUGAUCGUAAUUCUGCCCCACCUCGUGACCUUACCACCGAAUACAUUCAAUCCAUUGUUGACCGAGUUCCCAUUCCAGUCGGAACCGAUUCUGAGGAAGAAAUGCAUAACGUUAGAAGACGAGAGAAUAGACACGAUUCUGAAGGACCUGGUGAUAUUGCAACUGGGGGUGAGCUGGUGAUGGACGAGAAGCGUCAACUCGAUUCGGAAGAGAUGUAUGAAAUGGAAAAGAAGAAAGAACGCAUUUUGCUGCAAUCCUUGAAAAGACGAAGAGUUGUUGAAGAGCUCAGACAGAGAAAAGAAACCGAACGGCAACUCAAGUUGGAAGAGGAAGAAAUGAAGCAAGACGAGAAGCUCCGAAAGAAGGAAGAAGAGAAAGCUAGACGACAAGCCAUUUUGGAAUCAUACCGUUUGAAGAAACAAGAAGAGAUGGACAAAGAUAGUAAGGGCUGGGAAGUACAAGAAAAUAGUACUAAGAGAUUCAUGCGUCCGAAGUCUACAUCAAAUGUGGGUCCUCGUCCACGGCCAAAAACCAUUCACCUUUCUGAAGUAGACUCCCCUGGUGCUGGCCGAACUGGUGUGCUACGUCGAAGCGAUAGUCAAAAUUCCAGCACAAGUCUUGCAAAGUCUUUUGGAAAACGUGGAUCUUCAAAUACCUUGUACUCAGACACUGGCACGGGAGGAGGUACGAGGUCGAGAUCAAGCGUUCGCGAUCCAUGGGGAUCUACUUCAUCCUUAAACCAAGACAGUAGACGUCGAGCCACAAGUAGUACAUAUGACAGAGGAUCACGAAGACGAGAUAUGUCCACUUCUCGGUUGGAAGCUCGCUCACGUCGAGACACUUAUCUUGGCUCGCAAGAAUCCUUAGGCCAUCACCGAGUUAAUUCAACGUCAUCACUUUUGGACGGAGUUGACACUGACAGUAGUACUGGUACUGGUCGUGGUGGUGCUGGUCACCGCGAUUCUGAUUCUGGUGUUGGGACGUGUUCACCGCCCCAGCGAAGAUCGCCCUCGCCAAGAACAAUUUCGAGAUUCCGCCCACAACCUCAGCCUCAAAUUCCGAAAAGGGUUCAGUCUGCUGGCCCGCAGCCAUCAUCCGGUCAGCAGCAACAACAUCCUUCAUGUUCGCUUCCUUCGCCUUCUGGCGCUGGUAAACUUAGAGAAGCCUGGCCUGGUUCCCUGCCUCCAGGUUUGAUAUCUAGGCGUCACAGAGGAUUUGACGACGGUGCUAGUGAUAUCUCGUCCGUGGCGAGCUCAAAUAUGGAUUAUUCUGGUCUAAGAUUGUAUAAGCAGCCAACGGCCAAGUCGAAUAGAAGCAUCAUGCUGAAUGCUGUUGAAUAUUGUGUUUUCCCUGGGGUUGUGAACCGUGAUCAUAAACUACGCGUACUGGAUGAAAUAAACAGAUCAGAGAGUAAACAUUUUCUGAUAAUGUUUCGUGAUGCUGGUUGCCAAUUUAGAGCUUUGUAUUCUUAUAUUCCCGAGAGUGAUGAAGUGGUGAAAUUAUUUGGAGUUGGACCAAAGCAAGUCACAGAUGACAUGUUUGAAAAAUUCUUCAAAUAUAAUUCGGGAGGGAAAUGUUUUAGCCUUGUUCACACAAAGCAUUUAACAGUGACUAUAGACGCCUUCACUAUCCACAAUGCCCUGUGGCAAGGAAAACGUGCUCCUGCUGCAAAAACCAGAGACUAUGCAUUGGUCAUCUAACAAGAACAACGGACAACUACAAUCUCCAGAGUCUAAUCUAAUCAACAUUACCCCAAAACAUCUCGUCCAUACUUUGGAAUUUUUAAAACUACCUCCAAUUUCUGUCAUGUCUGACUAUUUUAAUUACUCCUGCCUAUUAAUUUAUGUAACACUUGCUUACCAUUUUUUAUAUAUUGGUGCUUAUCUAGCCAUUACCUUAUACUUCCUUGAACUGGUUGCUGUUUUUAAUCUAGAAUUAUUGACCUUGACGCAGAAAAUGUCGCUAUAUAUUCAAUCUAUUUGACAAUGUAUGAAAUUGAAUAAUCUGCCUGUUUAAUCUGCAAUUUAAACUGUAGUCAAAUUAAUAAUAUAUAUAAUAUUCCCAUCAGCUUAAUUUGUGAUUUCUUAUUUUUAACUUGGACGAUUUGAUUUACUGAAACGCAAUCAUUUCGUAGUGUAGUUUUUAUACCUUAAAUGUUUAGUUUAUUAUAUAGGGCUGUAGUACUGUAAGACUAAAUAGUAUUAAUAACCAACAAUGACGAAAUGUCUUCUUGAUUAGUUAACGUGUGACAAUGUAAACGUCAGAAUAAUUAUAAAACUCUUAAUACCAAAAAAUAUCCUAUUUUAACGAGAAGGAAAAGAGCGUUUUAAAAAUCACAGGCAGAAACUCUUCUCUCAAUAAUUAUACCCUUUGUUAUGGUUGUUGCUGAAAUACUACAUCACUUUACUAAAAAAUGUAACACGUAUCAUAUCGCAAAGGGCUUUUCGUUGUUGUAGCUUGUCGUGGAAGAAUGUCUAGUAAUUUGCACGGAAAUAUACUACUUACAUACAUACUUGUGAAAACAUAAUUAUAUUAUGGAACAGAAAACUGACUUUAACAAUCGCAGUGGCUUAAACCAUUUUCUUUAAUUUACAAAUUAAACUAAUAAUAUUCCGAAUUUUUAACUGCAUCGAUAAUUUAUUGCUUUAGUUAUAAAAUGACAUAAUUUUCCUACUACUACUAUCGCUAAUUAUUUAUUUAUAAUGGAAGGUAAAAAUAUAUAUAUGGAAAGAGGUGAGUGGACGCAACACCAUAUAAUACAGAGCGUGCUCGUUUUGAUAACUUUUUCGUGACAAAAGAAAUUAUAUCAUUGAUUAAAAUUACUCAUAAUAAUCAUAACAUAAUCGUAUAAUCCUUAUAUAAGCAACACGAUAUGUACUAGAAAUAUUUAACCCUAUUAAAUGUGAUGACUUCAUGGCUAUAUAACUGGAUCAGAUUGAACGUCAGCAAUUGAAAAGCAAAAUAAAUAAAUGCGGCUUCAAUGUGCCAAUUCUUAUUUUAAAAAUAAGACAACAACAA